UCAUACCUCAAACACAGCUGGCAAACAUCCCUCUGUCAUUUUCACGUAAACAUGCUCCGUAUCCCAGCUUCUCUACUACUUGUUGUGUUCCUGAGUCACCAAUGUCAUGGCGUCAGGGAUGAGAAAACAGACUCAUUCAGUGAUUGGGUGAAGGAACACGGGAAGGUGUACCCGUCAUGGCAGGACGCUGUCUACAGAGAGAAGGUCUACCAUCAGAACCUGCUGGAGAUUGAAGACCUCAAUCAGAAACACAGGGGUCGGACUGAGUUCAGAGCUAACCAGUUCGCUGACCUCACCCCGCAGGAGUUCCAAGAGACAGUUCUGAUGCCCAGACGCUCUGGGGUGGACUUCCCGCAAGACAGCUAUCUCGAUAUUGGUCACGUCGACUCUCUCCCAGACUCGUUUGAUUGGACAACACAAGGCAAAGUGACGUCAGUCAAGGAUCAAGGUUCCGUGGGUACCUGCUGGGCUUUCAGCACUGUGGGGAACAUCGAGGGGCAGUGGGCCAUGCAGGGGAAGCCCCUCACCAACCUGUCCGUCGAGCAGAUCGUGGACUGUGACGGCACCAUGGACCAAGAGCAGAAGAAAGCGGACUGUGGAGUGUUCGGUGGAUGGCCAUAUUUGGCCUACCAAUACAUCCAGAGUGUGGGCGGCCUGGAGACGUGGUCCAACUACAGCUACUGUUCGGGGAUCGGAGGGGGGCCGGGCUCCUGCUUCCCCUGCAAGGCCCCGGGGUACAACAAGACGUACUGCGGACCCCCAGUCCCUUGGUGUUUGAAGAAUGAGAGUUGUGCCGCGAAGAUCAACCCGCAGAGAUUUGUGCCUGACUUGAAGGUCACUGGCUGGAAGGCUGUCAGCAAGAACGAGACCGAGAUGGCGGCCUCUCUGGUGAAGUAUGGACCUCUGUCUGUAGCCAUGGACGCCAGCCGUCUCCAGUUUUACCACCGCGGGGUGUAUAACCCCAUCGACUGCAGCAAGACCGCUCUCGACCACGCUAUUUUAGUGGUCGGGUUCGGAUCAGAGAAGGAGAUUUUCAAGACACACGAAUACUGGAAAGUAAAGAACUCGUGGGGGUUGAAGUGGGGAGAAGGCGGCUACUUUAAGAUACAGCGUGGGGAAGGGAUGUGUGGCAUCAACACCCAGGUCACCACAGCACAGCUAGCCACCUAACUGGCGUCUAGUGGUGUGGGAAUAAGCCACUGAAAUCACUGAUGACUAUUUGGAGGGGAAGCAGCUCCAUCUUCAAUAUGGUGAAUAAAUACAAGUAACUAC